GCCCACCGGCUUCCGGUUUUGCUAAGUAAACGGCAAGGAGCCGGGGCGUCCAUUUUCUGGUGCAAAGCUCAGGGAGCCGCAUCCCAACAACAAAAAUCCACAGCCAUCCUCAAUCGCGCAGCCUCGGCUCGAGCCCCGCCGUCCGCCAAAACAUAGCCCGACCGAUAAUUAACCCUCCUGAACGAAUAUGGACCAAAUAAUUGGACGCGAACAUAAAAACUUUUCUUUCCAAAAAAAGUGAUGACCGUCAAUGUAAAAUGGAGCCCGAUCAUGAGCUGUAGGCAUGAAGGACGACAUGGCUUCGGGAGGCCAAGUGAACGCCCAUUAAUACUACUUGUAAUAUACUAUUAAAUACUUUAAAACAAAGAGAGAUUAAAAAGAGAAUAAACUUAACUAGGGCUGCUUCGUCUGUCUGCCUUCGUCACUCUAGGGUGCGUGUCGUUCAGACCGGGGCGGGCAGGCAGAGGCAGUCACUACUAGUAGCAACAACAACAAAAUAUACAACUUGUAAAUAGAAUUAUAAUAGCAACAAUAGUACAAAGUUAGCAGGAGAAAGCGGGAACACUUCCUCUUCGCGUCUGGUUGUCUGACUUAAAAUCCCUUGUAAAGUAGAGCCAAGUUUUUCUUUCUAUUCUUUUCUUCCCGGCCCGUGCUGAGGCCCGUAGGACUGCAGUCCUCUGGUCGAACUUAACCUAAACAACAACAAACUGCGGAGUAGAAAACCUUUCAGCUAGCAGUGAAACAAAGAGGACUUUAAUUGGGGGGGGGGGGGGGGGUGAGAGUGAACCCCGGCGUAAUUUAAGAGUUUGCUAUAGCUUAAGGUGAAGAAGAGCGCAGGGAUGUGUGUCGGCAGUGGGUCGCCCUCCUCUUCAUCCUGAGCGCGGCGCAAGAGAAGGCGACACAGGCCUCCGAGGAGGAUAAACAACAUCACAGAGGCCACAGACAUUACGUUAACGGCAGCUGCCGAGUACAUUUCGUUACAAGCCAUGCCGAGCUCCGAGGUGCAGCAGAGGAGAACUCGCAGCCCGGGGCAAUCGAGGGCCCGCGAAAGGAGGACCGAGAGGUCCCAGGGCCGCGACCCGGGCUCUGGGGCCGAUGGCUGCGGUCAAGAGACGUCGUCAGGUGGAGGUGUCUCCGAUGGUGGCGGCGGUGGUGGCGGUGGUGGAGGACGUCGCUCCGGGACAACCAGGCCGUCGUCGUCGUCCUCUUCCUCGAAGCACAAGCGGCAACGUCGGAAAGAGUCGAAGGAAAAGCAGAGGCAGAAGCAGCUGCAGUUGCUCCAGCAUCACCAUCAGCAGGAGGUGCUGCGCAGGGUCGAGGUGAGCAGUAAGGUGUCCCUCGGCAGGGCAGUGUCUCUCGUCGAGUACGACGAGAUCACCUCGCCUUCUGAGGGACAGUCUCGCAGUCCCUCGCCGGCAUCCUUGCCGCCGCCGCCUCCACUUCCUGCUACUUCGUCCUCUUGCUCUGCUUCUGCCGCCGCUGGUGCCAAACGUUCGGAGAAGACCAAAGAGAGGCACCGGUCGAGCCGGCAGGACAGGGAGCACGCCCGGCGUAAGGAGCGGGACGCCGCCAAAUCGAAGCACCGAGAACGGACCAAGGACGGUGGUGGUGGUGCUGCUGCUGCUGCUGGUGCUGCCAGUGGCGGCGGCAGCAGCAGCAGCGUCAGCAAGGAGUCGAGGAGACACGACAGGGAACGCGAAAGUGGCGCCAUCAGCAGGUCCAGGCACCAAGAGCGGGCCUCCGCCAAGAACGCCGAGCAGCAGGACGUGGCUGCAACCCCCGCCCCGAUGGCCACCACCACCACCAUCGCCGCCAGCACCUCGUCGUCGUCCUCGUGUUCCAAGGCCGAAAGGAACAAGGAGAAAGAGGCCGCCGUCUCGGCGGCGUCUUCCAGGCAUUCGAGGUCGGCAGCGGCGGCGUCGUCGUCAUCAUCCGCAGCGGCGGCGGCUUCUGCUGCUGCUGCCGAACAUGAGGACAACAACGGCAGGCCCAGGCAGUCGUCUUCGUCCGGCAAGAGGGACAAGGAGAAGGAGGACAAGCGAGAGGAGAAGCCGUCCAGGAGCGGCCGCGACAAACGUGCCAAGAGCAAGGAGCCAAAGCCUCCUCAGAAGCCCGAGCGUGAGUCUCGCAAAAGCCACCGCAGCAACAAGGAGGCCCCCAAGGCCUACAGGACAUCCCCUAGCCCUCCUCAGAGGCACAGGUCUCCGAGCAACCCCAGGAGGAGCCCCUACCGGUCAUACUUCAGCGGAAACUACAACAAUUACAGCCCGCCCGGCUCCAACGACGUGUACAGCUCCAAGCGGCGCUCCUCCAGCCCCUACUACAACAACAGGUUGGACAGCAGUCCCUACAGCAGGAGCUACCAGAGCCCCUUCAGCAAGAGGGCCCGCUCGCCGAGCCCCUACGGCGCCAGCAGCAGCAGCAAGAAGAGGUCGCCUCGUUACAGCAGGAGGAGCAGUCCCUACGACUACGGGGUCCGAUCGCCGAGUCCCUACAAGAGGCGGAACGACGACAGUCCCGGAUCGGACACCAGGUUGGUGAAGGGGGUGCCCAGGACCGGGUCAGAGAGCAAACACAAAUAUGUGAAUUCCAGGUACCGGCGCUCUGCGCUGUCUCGGAGCCGCAGCCCCUACCACCAGCGCCGGUCGCGCUCCCGCAGCUCGUCCCGCCGCUCGCGCUCACGCAGCCGCCACUCCAGCUACUCCCCACCGCUACGGCGUACCAUCAUCACCACCAGCCUCAUCUCGGAGCUCAGCAAGAACAAGAAGCCGAGCACGCCCAGGUUGACGAAACCUGCCGCCGCUGCCACCGCUGCCACCGCAAAGGAAACAGCCAGGGACUCAAAUGCCAGGGAACGCCACGAGGAGGUGAAGCCUGUGAAGACCGAGAGGCAUUCGCCAGAUCCGGGCGUGAAGCAGCCGGCGCACAAUGAGAAGCCAGCGCCGAAGCAGCAGCCCCCGCCACCGCUGCCACAGGAAGCGCCAUCGAAACCUGACAAAGAAGCGGCAGUCUUGCCCAAGAGCGAGGCGCAGCCACCGCUGCCACCUCUGCCACCAGCUGUACCAAGCCAGGAUGUGGCCAAGACUGUGAAAUCUGAGCCGACGGCGCCGGCACCAACGCCAGCGCCGGAGCGGACAGAGAAGGAGAAGGUGAAGGCGAAGGAGGGCAAGGAGAAAGAGAAGGUGGCACAACCAGCAUGGGCCAACAAGGACAAGGUGCUCACUUUGCCGACGUACACCCUACCGCCGCUGCCGAUGCCACCCAUGUUGCCUGAAGAUACGGCCAGGGACAGCCCGCUCGAGUCGCGGCCCAGGAAACCGCCGAAAAAGGAGAGCGACAGUAAACCGCGCCGCCUUCUCACCGAUCUCCCGCUACCACCCGAGCUGCCCGGUGGGGACUGCUCGCCGGCACUCACCAAAACUCCGCCGGGAGAAAGGACACCACCCGUACAGACGCCCACUCGCCGCAGGCCCAAGAUCUGCGGCCCGCGUUACGGGGAGAUCAAGGGCACGGAGGCCGACUGGGGCAAGCGCUGCGUUGAUAAAUUCGACAUCAUUGGCAUCAUCGGGGAGGGUACUUAUGGGCAGGUGUACAAGGCCAAAGACAAAGACACAGGUAAAGGCGAGCUCGUAGCGUUAAAGAAAGUUCGCCUGGACAACGAGAAGGAAGGCUUCCCCAUCACGGCCAUCCGCGAGAUCAAGAUCUUGCGGCAGCUCAACCAUCGCAGCAUCAUCAACAUGAAGGAGAUCGUCACAGAUAAAGAGGAUGCCAUCGACUUCAAGAAGGACAAGGGCGCCUUCUACCUGGUGUUUGACUACAUGGACCAUGAUUUGAUGGGCCUGCUCGAGUCCGGGCUGGUGUCCUUCAGCGAAGAUCAUAUUAAGUCUUUCAUGAAGCAGCUCAUGGAGGGCCUCGACUACUGCCACCGCAAGAACUUCUUGCACCGUGACAUCAAGUGCUCCAACAUCCUGCUCAACAAUCGGGGCCACAUCAAGCUCGCAGACUUCGGAUUAGCGCGAUUGUACAGCUCGGAAGAGAGCCGGCCGUACACCAACAAGGUGAUCACUCUGUGGUACCGACCGCCGGAGCUUCUCUUGGGCGAGGAGCGCUAUGGCCCAGCCAUCGAUGUUUGGAGCUGCGGCUGCAUCCUGGGAGAGUUGUUCACCAGGAAGCCCAUCUUCCAGGCCAACCAGGAGAUGGCACAGUUGGAGCUCAUCAGCCGCCUGUGUGGGACACCGUGCCCCGCCGUGUGGCCCGACGUCAUCAAGCUGCCCUACUUCCACACCAUGAAGCCCAAGAAGCAGUACCGGCGCCGGCUGCGUGAGGAGUUCUCAAUGCUCCCGACGGCCGCCCUGGACCUGUUUGAUCACAUGCUGGCGCUCGACCCCAGCAAACGGUGCACCGCAGAGCAAGCCCUCCAGAGCGACUUCCUGCGUGACAUCGACCCCUACAAGAUGCCCCCACCCGACUUGCCGCUGUGGCAGGACUGCCACGAGCUGUGGAGCAAGAAGAGGCGACGGCAGAAGCAGGCGGGCGGCGUGGAGGAAGCUGUGGCGCCAAAGUUGACGCGCAAGGACGGGCUGAGCGGUGGCACGGCUGACGAGAGCCGCAACAACACCCCACAGAAACAGCCGGCGCCGCCCAACGACUCGGGCAUAGCCGCAGGACAGCCGCAGCAGUUGUCCGCCGCCGAGCUGGCCAUCCUCGUGAACCUGCUGCAGUCGCAGGCGACGCUCAGCCUGGCGCACCUGGCGCAGGCGUUGAACAUCCAGGUGACGGCGGAGAUGCGCCAGCUGCUCAGCGGCCUCACGCUGCCGCUCGGGCUGUUGGGCGCCGUCGUGAGGCAACAGCAGCAGAACAGCGGCGGCAGUGGUGGGAGCCAAGGGGAGGCGCCACGACCGCCACAGCCACCACCGGUGGCGGCACAGGCGCCGAGUAACUCUCAGCCCCCGGCAUCUGGCGGCCACGAUGGUGAUGCGGCCCAGAACGUGGUGGCGCUGCUGCUGGCUCAGCUGCUGCAGGGCGCGGGGGGGCAGGAGGCCGGUGGGCAGCAGCAGCAGCAGGGAGCACUGGGUGGGAACAACCCUCUCCCAGCGCCGACAGCGGAGCAGCACAAGCCCCCACCACCGCUGCCCACCACUCCCUCCACGCCCGUCACCGUGGCGCAGUCCAACUCUGUUCCGAUGCGAGCGACGGAGGAGGCGUAUCCACGACAGUCGUACCAGCACAAACCGGACUCAGGCUCUGACGGCUUCUCUGCCCGCUCGUCUGCCGAGCUCUCCAACGUGUCCCCGUCUCCUCCGGAUGAGCAGCAUCAACCGGCGCUGCCGCCUCUACCGCCGUCGUCAGCGCCGCACACGCCGCUGCACCGACCGCGCACCCCGCAAACUCAGCCGCAGCAACAGCAGCAGCAGCGCAUCCUGCCCCCAAACCAACGUCCGCCAGAGCCCCCUGAACCACCGCCCCCCUCCUCGUCCGAUGCCGACUUUUCCGGCACCGGCCAGGACUUCCGGGAAGACAGCGACGGCAGGCCGCCUCUACCGGGCGACCCAAACGCCGGCGUGAAGGCGGCGCUGAUGCAGCUCCUGGUGCAGCACCGGCAGCAACAGCAGGGCGACGGCAGCGGCGGCGCCGAGGACUACGACUACGACUGCCGGCGCCAGCUGCCGUCCGACGUGUUUGGCGGCGGCGGCGGCGCCGUCGGGAGCUCCUACUCCAACGAGGGUUACCGCAGCGCGGACCGCUACGGCGGCUCGGAUCACUACUCCGCCGCGGCGGAGGGAUACGGCUCGGAACGCUCGCGUCACCGCAUCGACAGCCUGGGCUCGACGGCGAGCGGCGGCGGUGCAGGCGGUGGGGCCUACUCGGACCCCUACCCCCCCGGAGCGGCCGCCUCCAGCUUCCUGUCUGGCGGGCAAGCCCUGCAGCAGUUCCUCGGCGAUCAGGACCUGAGGUUCGAGUUCGGCCAUCGGCCUUCGGCCGAAUCGGCUCUGCGGAGCGCCGGGAAGCCCCACGUGUACAGCGACGGCCCGGCGUACGGGGCCGGUGGCGGCGGCGCGAACUCUACGGCCAUCGGCGGCGCAGGGCAGCCGGCGGGAGCGGCGGUGAACGCGUCGGGACUUGCUCACACGCCUCCUGGAAACGUCGCAGCCGCCGCCGGCGUGCCGGCACCGGCAUCCUGGGGCUCACCGAAAACGGGCAUUGGCUUCUCGCACCCGGCUUACGGAUCGGACGGGAACCGUAACCGGGGUGGUUACCCCUACUAGCGCGGGGACAAGACAGGAUUGGAACAGAGGGAGUGAUGAGGGGCCAGCCCAGCUGUCUUGCUUGCCUGCCUGCUCCAUCGCUCUCUCACAUUCGCGGAGAGAAAUGCCCCGGCAGUGCUGUCCUGGCUGCAUUGAAUGUAGAUCCUUUGCCAGGAGUGUCUAUAGGGCGAGGAGAAACUUGCCCCCUACCCGGCAUCUGGUGUUGUGAGUUCUGUACGAUAAAAGGAAGUUAAAUUUAAACGUAAAAGGACGUUGUGUGAACAUACGUUUCGGUAAACUCAACCGCCGUUAAAAUUGUUUUUUUGUUUGGUCCUUUGUUAUAGUAUGGAUUUUAAUUUCGUUUUUGUACACAAUAUAAAUUCAAUACAAAUACAUUUAAUACCUAAUGCAUAAAAAGAAUACAGGAAAAGCUUAAAGUACGGUAAUUAUUAAAUGAAUUGAAGCGCACGUAAUUAUUCCGUAAAGAGCUGAAAUGAACAUUGUUACAAAACUGAUGUGACGACGUCCUCUGAAAAGGGGUGGGCGGCUUUGACAUGGGACUGUCGGUGACCUUUCGUCCUUCUGCCACAAGGCCAGCGGGCUCCUUUGGCACGUGCGUCCGCCAAUCUUCGCUUGUCCGCCAUCCUCGCUACAACAAGCGGUUGCUCCAGUGUACGUCACCGCCAAUCGAGAGCCUCCACGUCCCCUCCAUCCCUCCUGCUCCCCUCCCCCCCGUGUAGUCUCACGCGACGCUCUCGAUAUGUGAAUGGUUUCGGGACGGGAGAGGCGGCCAGAAUAUACCCAGGCAUUGCUGCUGAAACGGGGGACUUCCCGUCGAAUCGCGCGUGUGUGACGCCUUUUGCGAAUGCUCGAUCGAUCGAACGAAUGACCGAACGAUCAUCGGACGAACGGAAAUUAAUGCACUGUCCUUGUUUAAGGUGAACCUCGUUGGGGGGGUUGGGAGGGGGGGUUGGGAGGGGGGGCGGGUAAGCGCGGUGGUCUGCGUGUGAGGCCACGGACUCUGGCGUCGGGCCUCCGCCGCACAUAUCCCCUCGCCAGGGGGUCUGUGCAAGGGUCCGGGGGGGGGGGGGGGUGCCCCCUGUGAACCCCUGAUUUGGGAUCCUAGGCGCAGUUGUGCUGCACUGGGCAAGAAAAGCAAAAAUCCCUGUAAAGUCCCUUCUCGUGUGCUGUUUAUUACGAUAUUUUUACCGCAACAAGGAACUGUGGAGGGUGGGUGUGGAGGGGUUUUUGUUGGCCGUCGUUUCCAUGUUCCAGAUUUGACCGAUGAGCGCUCCUGUGAGCGUCUAGGCAUUUAGGGGCUGCCCAGCCUCGCCGCGGAGCGGUUACUGCGAAGUGUGACGCAACAAAACACAAAUAAACUUGUAUGGGAGGGCUGUCUGCACA